UAAAGAAAUGGACGAAAAUAAUUUAUUACAAAUACACAAAAAUAAUUAUUUAAUUACAUCGACAACAACCACAACAACUCAAUCCCCUUUAUUAUUUUUAUCAGAAGGAGAUCAACAACAACAACAACCUUUAGAUACUUGGCGUGUUCCUCCCUCACUUUUUGCUGUUUUUGCAUUCUUCUAUGCAGCUGUAUUUUUUGGAGGAUUUGUUGGAAAUAUGUUUGUUGUUGUUGCUAUUGCAACACAUAAAUCUUUGAGGACGGGGACUGAUUGGAUUUUUGUGGCAUCUUUGGCUUUUGCUGAUCUCCUAAUUCUUCUCAUUUGCCUUCCAAGUACUUUAUUAAACAAUGUAUUGACUGAAUGGCAACUAGGAUCUUUUGGUUGUAAACUAUCUGUUUGGCUAAAUUCUACAACUUCUUGUGCUUCUAUAUUUACUCUUGUUGGGGUGACUGGAGAGAGAUAUUUGGCAAUAUGUCAUCCAUUAAAACAAUUAAAAAUGAAAAGUUCCCAUUUACAAUUUUAUAUAGUCGGAAUAUGGCUAUUAAGUGGAGCAUUAGCAUCUCCUAAUUUAUGGGUUUAUAGAGAAAUUCUUUAUGAUUUACUAUCUGGAAGUGAAAGUAUUAAUUUAAAUGAGGGGUUAAUUGCUAGAUUGUGUGUAGAUACUUCUGCAAAUUUUUGGUUAUUUAUUGUUAUUAAUUUGGUAAUUUUGUUUUUUAUUUAA